GAGUGCUGCAUUGCUGUACCUCUCUCUCAGAUCGUCUUUAUUGAAGAGCAAGCAGCUGGGAUAGGAAAAAGUGCCAAAAUAGUAGUUCAUCUUCAUCCUGCUUCUUCAAACAAAGAACCUGGUCCAUUCCAAAGCAGCAAAUAUUCCUACAUCAAACUUUCUUUCAAAGAACAUGGGCAGAUUGAGUUCUAUAGACGAUUAUCAGAAGAAAUCACACAAAGGAGAUGGGAGAACAUGCCUACUGGUCAGACCAUUCAAGUUAACAAGGAUCCACAGGCAGGAAGAAUAAGGGCUGUAGGAAUUGUGGGGAUCGAAAGGAAAUUAGAGGAAAAAAGAAAAGAGACCGACAAAAACAUUUCUGAGGCUUUUGAGGAUCUUAGCAAACUUAUGGAGAAGGCUAAGGAAAUGGUGGAGUUAUCCAAGUCGAUAGCUAAUAAGAUUAAAGAAAAACAAGGUGACAUCACUGAGGAUGAGACUAUUAGGUUCAAGUCUUAUCUACUGAGUAUGGGUAUAGCUAAUCCAGUUACUAGGGAAACAUAUGGAUCUGGUACACAUUACCACAUGCAACUGGCGAAGCAACUAGCUGGAAUACUGCAGACACCAUUAGAGGAGCGAGGAGGGAUCAUGUCACUUACGGAAGUGUACUGUCUGGUAAAUCGUGCACGAGGAUUAGAGUUGCUGUCACCAGAAGAUUUAGUAAAUGCUUGUAAGAUGCUGGAGUCACUGAAAUUACCACUAAGACUUCGGAUAUUUGACAGUGGUGUAAUGGUGAUUGAACUCCAGUCUCAUAAUGAAGAGGAAAUGGUAGCUUCUGCUUUAGAGACAGUAUCUGAAAAGGGUUCUCUCACAGCUGAUGAAUUUGCUAAGCUGGUGGGGAUGUCUGUUCUCUUAGCCAAAGAAAGGCUGCUUCUUGCUGAAAAGAUGGGCCAUCUUUGCAGAGAUGAUUCAGUAGAAGGCUUGAGAUUCUACCCAAAUCUAUUUCUGACCCAAAGCUAAUGUAGUUUGUGUACAAUUUGUUACGUAACAGUGGAACAAGAGAGCAGAGGGGAGAACCCUUCCAACAACUGACUUUAAAAUUCUUAUUUUGUUAGCCAACUGCAACGGUGAUGAACAUUGCAAUGCUUUACAGUUCUCAGGUAUUUCAAGUGCUGAAUCCUUUUACGUGGAGCUGAGAGGAAAUAGGAAUCACUAAGUCAGAAGC